AUGUGGGACCCGUUUCGUGACCUUGAUCGCCUGCUUAAUCGCAUGCCGUUCGCCACCGGUUCCAACUUUUUCGGCACUUCCGCUCGUGGGUCCUGGGUGCCUGCGAUGGACCUCAUAGAGAAGGAUGACAGCUACAAAAUUCUUGCCGACUUGCCUGGCAUGAGUCGCGGCGACGUCUCUGUGGACAUUGAGGGCCAGCAACUCUGCAUUGGGGGCAAUCGCAAGUCCCUGCUCAGCGAUGACGAACACAAAAACGUUGUGCUGGCGGAGCGCGGCACUGGUCGGUUUGAGCGCUGCGUGCAGCUUCCAACACGCAUUGAGGAGGACAGCGUGAAGGCCAGCCUGCGGGACUCGGUGCUGACAGUGGAGGUGAAGAAGGUGAAGGGCUCCACAACGAGCCGCUCGGGAACCUCUGUGAAGAUCAAUUAG